AAUAAUAUUUCUCCUAGAUUUCACCGUUAAACGCGUUAAUCGCAGAAGCAAUACUUCCAAAUAUUUUUCUAAUGCUUUUAUUAAUAAUUUUUCAAGUGAAAAUUGCAUUCUAAUGAAAUUUUAAAUCGUUAGAUGAGUCAUUAUUGGAAUAUUUUCAGUCAGCUGUGAAGUGACAACAACACGCCAAAGGGAGGCAGACGACGCAAUUUGGUUUGUGUGAUUUAUUAGUGGUGACACGCAUUCAAUAGUUCACAGUGAUGGUUGAACCUAUCUUUGACUAUCAGUUCAGGCUAAUAUUAAUAGGCGAUUCGACAGUUGGAAAGAGUUCCUUACUCAAAUACUUCACCGAUGGAAAGUUCUUCGAGAUUGAUAUGGAGGAAGAAAGGGAGGUAAAGUCUGAGGAUGCAUUAUCUUUAGCAAAUUUUUAUAAUAUAAAGUACAUAGAAACCAGCUCUGUAAAAGGGAUAAAUGUCGAAGAAGCAUUCAGAAGCAUCACACAGGAAGUCUAUGAUAAGGUACAAAAUGGAGAGUUUAAAAUUGAAGAGGGAUGGGAUGGUAUCAAGAGUGGUUAUUCAAGACCAAACCACUCUUACAACAUUAUGGAAGCUGAACCAGAAAAGUCUGGAUUCUGUUGUUAAUAGCACAUUACUGAUUUGUGAUGCAAGAAUCUAGUUAUACUUUUCAAGUGAAUUUGACUAACUUAUAAGUUUCAUUGUGAUAAAGUUACUCCAGUUUGGCAUGUUAUAAACAGGUCUAACUGUAGUAGGUUGUCUUGCACGCUCAUUUGCCUCGAGUAAAUAGGAGUUUUGCAAACUCAGUUGACUGUGUAUGUCUUGCAAAACUCGCAUACUCUGCAAGUGGAGCUGUGAUCACUCAUUUGACUGUAUAGAAGGUUGAGAAUUGCAAACGCAUUUUAACUAUGUAAAGAUGGGCAGUGCAUGCAUAUCCAAAUUUGAAUGCUGGCUCCAAACUCAUCUUUCAUGAGUUAGUUUUGUGUGGCAUGCUCACUUUAUUACAGCAAGCUGAGAUUUAUGUGCUCACUUGCGCUUUAAACCAAAGGAAUUGUCCUAGUCCUUUCCAUCCCUGUUUUAAUGUAAGUUGAAUCCUGUGUGUGAAUAAUUCAGAAGAUUUUUUUUUAUAUUUUAUUAAAUGCUGUUAUAUAAUUCUUGUAUACCUUUAUAAGCAAUAUUUUCCCCUUAAUAUUCUGUAUAGAAUCUGGGAGCUCAACCUGUUUUCAUCUGUCUUCAAGUAGUGAACAUUUAAAUGAGAAUGUGUAGCUAAACCUCCAUUUAUACUGUUUUGUGAUAAUAGCUAAACACCUGGUAAUAUUAUUUUAAAGCUAUGAAAUCGCAUUACUUUCUCCUCAUUAUUUUGUAUCUUAUACAUUGUUUCAAUUUUUGAGCAUUGAGCUUAAAACUGUGAUAUGGCCAGUAGGAACUUCAUGUUACCUUCCUGUUUUUUUUAUUUUAUUUUUUUUUUUUAAUGAAUCCAGACAAUUUCAUUUGUGUGGUAUUUAGAAUUUAAACUUUAUUUUUGCUAUGAAGUUACUCGUUCAGCCAUUUAUUGUAAUUUUUAUAAACAUUUCUUCACUUAUUGAUUGUUUAUUUGUAUUUUAUGAAGUGUUUGUAAACUCAUAGAUGUAUAACUUUUAAAGAUGAUGGCAUAUUGAAGAAAGUGUAGAUGCAAAUAACGAGUGAUGAUAUUUGAUAUGGAUGUAUAAAUCAUAGAGUACAAUACUGUACAGUUAUUAUUUGAUAGUCCUGGACUGAGGUGCCAAUGCAGGCAUCAGAAAUGGCCUCAUUUGCAAAAUAUAUUUUUAAAACUAAAGUCAAGACAUCUUUCUUUUUUUCAGUCACACUGUUAAUUUUUGUUUCAAUACACUUUUUCUCAAAUUUAUGAAAGUUGAAAUUUAUAAGAGUAAAGUUUCAUUGGUUGGAUAUCCUGUGCAGGUAUAGCAUUGUACUCCUGCCUUGUAUUUGAUUGUUGCAGUUUUAAGGAAAAACCAAGCGAUUUUUGCAGGAAAUAAUAUACUCAUCUGCUGUUGUAGAUAAAAGCAUUAACUUUUAGUAUACUUAUGAAGGAAUUUCUAAAAAGUGCUCUCCUAUAACACAGAGCUCAUAGUCUUUAUAUUCCCUAAAAACAUUAGGUGAUUGUUUUCAACACCACAUACUGAUUACAACAGUUCUCCUUUUACCUUCCAUACUAAAUUUUAAUGUUUUCAAACUACUGAUUAUGUACAGGUCUCCUCACCUUCCAUACUAAAUUUCAUUGUUUACAAAAGCAGUGUGACAACUAAUUUGUAAAUAAAAUUUAGUCAUGAGUAGGACUAAGACUAGUUGAUAUAUUAUAGGAAUUGGUAUAAUUUUCAACAAUGAAAAAAAUAUUCAGUACAUUGUAUUAAGGAAUUGGUUAUUUAAAAAUGAAUCAGAGGAAUAAUUAAGACUAGUCUAUUAAUACUUUCCUGACAUAUUAGCAUAUGUCCAUGGUAUAAAUAUAACUGGCAUUCUAUACAUCAAGUAAAAUGCUGAACCUAUGCUUACUUCAAAAUUCAAAGAUUAGCAAAUUAUAAUUCAUGUCACUUUAACCAAAGCUUGCUUCUAAAUUUAAAGAUUGGCAAAUUAACCAAAGUCUAGAAUGUAUGAUGAGAAUUUACUUAAGUGAUAUAGUACUGAACAUCUGUUGAAUAAGACUAUUAUGAAAACAGUAUUUAUGAACAUGAGUUCUCUCUGCAUUUUGAAAUCAUGUUUUAUUCACACAAUAAAAUUAAUGUCAAAUUGUAAACUGGGAUAUUCAAAAUAAAUUUUAAUAAUAGCCGAGCCUUCCAGAUAUAUAGAUUACAUAUUCGAUACAGUACUUAACACUAAAUUAGUACUUUAUAAGUAGCCCUCCUAUAUUUUAUCAGACUUUUAAUUCCAAGUAGAGAACAGACUUGACUAACUUAUGGCUUUAUGUGCAAUUUGAUGCAAACUCAGUAAGGCAUAUUAUUUAAGGUUUAUUUUUAUCUAAAGUUCUUUUGUGCACCUUACUGCAAUUUAAUAUUGACUAUGAAGACGUUGCUAUUACUGCUCUGGAUUUUCAGGUUUCUUCAAAAGUUUUCAUGUCCGUGACACUAAAAACUCAAGGAGAUUGCAUUCUUUUUUAUAAAAAUAUUUAGCAUGGCAGUAACUUAUGUAUUUUGAAUAGCAAACCAGGAAGUAACUGUGAAAGAUGAUCCGUCCACUUCCCAAAGAAAAAGUGAACAUGCUAAUGCUUGUAGUAAAACAUCACAGAAAACCUGUCUACUCCUCAAAAUCUGCAAGACUGCACAGAAAUAAAAUUAAUUUACUCUUCAUCUGCUUCUGUCUGUAUUAUGACAAUGCUAGCUAUACAGUAUCUGCAACCUGUGAUGACUCAUAUUUUUUAAAAAAUAUUGAUUUUUCUCCCAUCAAACUAGUUUUCUGAGUGGAUUAAGUAGCCCUUGUCAAGACCAAAUUUCAUUUUUUAAUGUAAGUCAUUUCAAGAAUUUUAUACACUUAUGUCUUAUAUUCUAAAGGUAACAAUUUCAUGGUAGUGUAAGAAAAAAUGAGGUUAUUGUAGGCUAUGGAAACUGCUUUUCUAGUAAAUGCUCAAAAACUGUAUUUUACCAUAUCACACCAUUUCAAGGAGAGCUUAUGAUGAUUAAUAAAAGUUGGAUAUUUCUCCAAAAUUAAUGUUUGCCAAUGGUUAAGAGCAGCUGCUGAACUUCAAAUUAAGAUAAACCAAAAAGAUGCAUUGCCGUAAUUAAAACGGUGUAAUUUGUAUAAUGCUAAUGAAUGAAACUUAGAGUGCUUUUCCAUUUUUUACAUUCAAAUUCAUCUUGUAGUCCUUCAGAUCAUAUCCGAAUUCUCUAUACUAUUUCAAACAGUUUUAUAUAUUUAUAGUGCCAGAUAUAUCACUUUCAUACUUUCAUUAUCCAAUUUAUUUUCUGGGAUACCACUGACCAGAUUUUUUUCAUGGAUUUCCUCAACUCCAGUGUAAUGUAUUGUGUUAUAAUUAUAUGCCUCAUUAUAUUUUAAAGGAUGCAUAGUUUUCUGUUUUUAUGAUGAUCUUUAUCAUCAUAUUAUUGUUGUUAUGAAGAUGAUAAUUAUCUAUAUCACUCCUGUGACAAUGAUGUAGUUUUUGAGUAAUGAUGAUUACAAAAUGUAAGGGGGCAAAUGUGGGGAUAUUUAAUUUAAGUUUGCAUGGAAGUUUGAAAUUUUUCAUAUUCUAUGAAAAUGCAUACAUUAUUAUGCAUAUGGGAUAUCUAAGUAUUUUAUAGUGGUAAUGAUAAUAGACAACUAUAUAGCUGAAGUUUGCAUGCUAAGGAACUAAUUCUGUAAUGAUUUAUGUAUCCUUAUUUCGUAUGGAUUUGUUUUUGCUACAGUUCUAGACUAUUAUUUAAAGUAGUAAUUUUUGUUACAGUCAUGCUUAAUUCAUGUGUGGGUCUUUCAAAAUCACUUAUUACUCAACUAAUGCAAGUGAAUUGCAGUGCUUGUAUUUUCAUGAAAUUUUUCCUGACUAUUAAUAAAGCUUUUAAAUUUGAUUGUUUCUGACAAUGAGCAUCAUUAAUUAUUUAUAACUUCAUAUUUUUACAAUGCUAUUUUACUCUCAGAGAGGCAUGUAAGUAAAAUCAAGUGAUCUUUUUAAUCAUGCUUUAGUAUUCAAUUCAUUUAUCUUAAUUCUCCCAAUUUUGAGCAUGAAUAAAUUUUGGAAGUGUACUUUCAAAAUUAUUAUAUGCCAGUUCCCAGCCACAAAUGAUAGUCAAGUUACAAACUUGCUUUCUGAUGUUGCAAAUUGUGCUUUUGUCACUUCAAGAUUAUGUGAAUCACACUCUCCCUUCAGACAAAACCCACUUCUUUGUAAAUGGGUGACUUUCUCUUGUUAGCAAAAUAUGAUGUAAAUACAGCAGAGUAUUGAUUAUACAUUAUAAAAGACUUUACUUUUGUAUGCCCUAGAAUUCUCAUUUUAAAAUUAAAACCUCUCAGGUUUGGAUUAGAGUCUUCGAAUUAACAGGACUUUCAGAUUUAUACUCCCUUGAAGCUUAAUGGAAAAACCUCAUGUCUUCUUUAACAAUGGUAAAUAUGGACAGCAUUAGUUUGCUGCUUUCAUGUAAUGAACACAAAGAUGAAAAACACAGUCAUAGGUGGCAAGAAACAGGGAUUUUUAUCAUCAGAAUCAAUAACUAGUAUUCAGAAAAUAUGGGUGUGUUAUAUACAAUGCUUGUAGCUCUUACUUUUUCUACAUUUACAUUCCAAUUUUUCCUCAAGCUAACCUUCAUUUUCUUUAUAUAAAGAGGGUUCAUGAAUGCCAGUGAAGCUCAUUUAGAAAACCGAGAUCUUCAACUUUAAUUAGAUUUUUCCUUCAUCUUUUGAAUCUUUUCUUUUUGUGCUUUCCAGGUUUUACGUAUUUACAUUUUUAUUUUUAGCAUUUAAACUUUUGAUAGUUUUGUGGUGCUUCCUUCAGAUUUCAUAAAUCAGUCAUUUACUACAGUAUCCAUUAAUCAUAAAUAUUUAACUGAAAUCAAUCUUUUACUUGAGCACAUAGUAGUGAUCUACAUAUCUUGCUGAUCUUCAAUUUGAUUAUAAUAACAAUGAUUUGGUUUUGUAAAUGUAUAGAUGGGUGAAAGUCCUGCAUACAAUGUUGAUGUUCAAGGAUUUAAAACUUCUCCAAAACUUCUGUAAUUUUCUUAUUUUUUCUCUUAAGUAAUCCAGACAUAGCACUUUUUAUCUGUUUAAGAACAAUCCCUCCAAAAGUGUCAGUUCACCAUAAAUUUAAUUUACUGUGUUUCAUAUUAUGAAAACAACCAAUUCAGACCAACCACUUGAGUUAUGAAUUUUGAAGUGGGUAGUUCGGUUAAUUUAUUUCCUCAUGACUUAAUCUUUAUUUUCCUACAAAUCUUUUUAUGCUUUUACUUUGACAAAAAAUUAAAUUCUCUAAAAUUGAAGAAUUUGUUCAGCUAACACUAAGUCUAGAAAUUUGACCCUGCGGUGAUGAUUGAAAUUGCUUCAUGAUACAAAUGAUUAUGUUUGUUUAUUGUUUGUCUCCUUUGUAUUAUCAUAAACCAACUCAGAAAAAUUCUUCAAAAUUUUACAUGAAAAAGUAAACAGGCAACUCGGAUAAAUUCUUCAAAUUUCAAAUGAAAAGGCAAACAGGAUUUCAAAAGGCAAGAGGAUAAAGAAAACCUCUAUCUUGUCUUUGUCCAUUAAGGCAACUUGAUGGUUAUCAUUGUCAUCUGGAACUUCAUCUUUGUUACUUACAUUAUAUAGACAGUGUAAGAAGGGCUAAUAAAACAAUUAAUUAUAAUUUCCAUAUUUUCCAUAAGUAUUCUUGUGUGCGCAUGUUAACAGACUACCAUGACCCAUGAAAUCAUAAUCCAUUAUAGUGCAUACUUGAUUAAUAACAAAUUGUUUGUUUUUACUAUGUACAUAUCAGAUACACCUAGCAAAUUCGUAAUGCUCACUAAUGCACCAAAGAUCAGUUCACUUCAUUACUCAAGUGAGCAGAAAUGACUUGACAUUAGUUUUGAUCUAUUCCUGGCAAAAAGGUCCCACCUACACAUUUUACCCUUGCAAGAUAUUACAUUGCAAAUCAAUACCUGAUGAUAUUUGUCAGGGAUAAAACCUCUUGUAAAGUUUUACUUUUAUAAAACCUGACCUCUACUUCUAAAUCUGGAAUAUCUGAUCUUAUCUGGGUCAUUAUAUUUAACUAUUUGUUUAUAUAGUGUUCAAGAGAAUUUUAUACUCAUUCCAUUAAGGCUACUAAUUCUUGCAGAAAGUUGCUCACAUGUAGAGAAGAACCUCACCUUUCCAUUCAUUUUCUAUAAAGUAGUUUCUUUUAUUGUACUAUAUGCAGCAUUUUUGCCAUUGCUUUUUCUAUACCUAUAUCUAAUUUUUAAAAUCCUUUUAUUUGUGAAAAGAUUCCAAGCCACAUAAAUUUCUCAAGUAUUUUGAACAUAAAGGAGGACUUAUUGUUUAUUCUCAUUUGUAAGACUGAUAAGAGGUUAUGAGCAAAUGUUAAGGACACUGCAAAUAAAGAUUAAAUGCAUAAAAUGUGAAUUAUACAAGAUUAUGUUAUAAAUUAUUCUCUUUAUAUACUUCUGUGUAAGGUCACUUCCCUAGAAUUUCUUCUACACUGUGAAUGAAUGAAUGAAUGAAAAUGUUUGUGGUUGUCUCAGUAAAAUGUAGAUUAAUCUAAGUUCAAGUCUUACUACUUCUAGUUUAUGACUGAAUUAUAUAUUUUUUUUUAUAUAUUUUGCAACAUACUUCAAUGUGCCACGUACAUUGUUUGAGAAAUCUUUGACAAUUUUAGGGCAUUUUAUAUGUUCUAGGAACCUAAUCCUCGCGAGUAACAAAGCUCGAGUGUUGGUAACAAAGAAAAUUUAGUAUCUGAAGUAAUGUGAGUGAAUGUAUGUAUUGUAUAUAUGAUUUUGUGAAGAACUUAAGUACUGCAUAUCUAAAGUAAAAAAAAUUUCUUACCAUGAAAUUAAGAACCUAAAUAAUGACUAUAUUUCUUUCCUAAUAAAAAACAUAAGAUUUCCCGCAAUGCUCAUUUAAGGUAAUGAAGGAAGCUGAGACAUUGACAAGAUAAUUAAAAAAUCAGCUCAGGGCAUUUAUCUUUCCUUGGUGUAUUUUUCCUUUGAGAGUUUAACAAAUGAAAUAUUUUAGAGAUGUUACAAGAACCAGCAAGUCUUCCAUAGAGUACCAUGCCAUUACUUAUUCUCUUCUAUUCUCAAACGAAUAAUGAAAAGUUUUGCUGAUAUGGAUUUUUUUUUUUACUUUAGAUACUAAUUUUUUUAUUGCAUUAAAUUUUUUAUUGUUUUUUCGGUCUGUAAUUUUCACAUUAUUUUCACUUUCAGACAAUACCAGACUUGAGAUCAUACAGUAGAAUUUCUCAAGUAUUUCAUUUGUAAAAGAAUGAUGUCUUAAGUGUUUAUUUGGUUCUCAAAAAUUAAAUGAUAGCAGAGGGCUGUAUCAUUAGAAAAAGGUGGUUCAGUAAAGCUUCAGGUAAACUCUCACUUUAUCCACAUCAUAAAUCAGUCUCUAUCUCCCUCAUAUAUUAAACUGAAGCUAAAAUAUAAUGAUGCUCAUAUUUUGUAUUAUUUUGGUAAAGUGAUAAUUAUGUCUGCUCUAAUUUAUAUUAACUUAAGAAUUUAAAAUAUAAUGAAGCUAUGGAUAAGUUUAAUUACUUAAGUUCUUAACUUCUAGCAAAAGUUGUUACAUGUACAACCUUCACAGAAAUUUUGUUAGAACCUUUUACAUUUCUCAUUUGUAAAGUCUCAAGUUUUCUAAAUUAUUUUAUGUAUAUGUAUAAGAUGGCACAAAAUUUUCUCUCAUUUUAUACAAUUAUAAAUCCCAUGCCGAUUACUUGAGAGCAAGACUGGUUAACUACAUUUGAGUUGGAAAUAUUUGUUUGCCAUACUUCAAUAACAUUUUAGUAUCAUUAUAUUAUAGUAAUGGAGAAACAGGAUCACCUGUCAUUCUCUGAUCAUCAUGACAGAAACCACUCGCAAAUCCCACUUAAUGCCUUACCUGACCUUUGCUUCAAUUUAGUGGAGCCAAUGGUAGUUGGCUGUAUUUAUUUAUAUGUAUGCAUUUAUACCGAUUCUUUUAGAAUUUGCUUUUUUUAAUAGCUCUUUAAAGUUUUACCUUCCUCAUCUUGUUUAAAGUGAAAGAAUAACUACACCUUAUGAUGUACGAACUGACAACAUUUAUUCCCAUUCUGAUGGUCAAGACUCUGCUGUAUUGUAGGAAGUAGUACUGUAGGUCUUAGAUUGUAAUAGGACCCUAAAUCUGUAGAAUGAUUAGAAGUCUUUACAGCUUUGCACAAAAUGUAUAAUUACACAAUAGAAGCGCUAGGAACUCGUGUAAAUAAUUGUCUACUGUGUACUAUGUGUUGGGUAAGGUUUUAUCACACUAGAAAUAGUAUGAACCUCUGACAGUAACUGCUGUACUUAUUUUCUCCCCUUUUUAUUAUUCUAAAAGGUACUCUGGAUAAAGGUUGCUCUCUCAGUAUCUUUUUCGUUUAUAAUACUCUCUCUUGUAAAUUUUUUUAUUUUAUAUCAGUUUUAUUGCUGUUGAAUACAUAUUGCCAACAGUUAUUAAGAGUUAUUUAUAAAUGAAAUUUUUCUUAUGAUCCUAAUUUUUUAAAAGUGAAUUAUGUAUUAGUAAAGGUUAAUUUAGGGUUCUGUACCUUGUAAUUUAUUUUAGAAUGUUGUUUAUUUCUCAUUAUGGUUGUAAUGAAAUGAUUCCUGUCUCACGUUUUACUACUGUGUUGUGCUGCAAAUAUAUAUCUUUUUAUUUGUUUAUAAAAAAUUUUCCCAACAUUACCAAGUGCAUAAUACCAUAACUAUGCAAUUUCUAUGUAUCUAAAGAGCCUUUGUAUUUCAGUUUCAUCCAUGUGUCUUUACCUAUCAUUUAGGGAUACAGGUCUUAAUCUGUUUUAUCUUGUGUAUACAAUGUUAAAUAUUUACUCUGGUUACAAUCCCAAGAAUUUUGAGCUAUGAUACAAGUCACAAACUUCAAUCCAGCACUUAUCAGAGUUUUAAUAUAACAUAUCCUGAUGAGUUGAUUUGCAUUGGUUUGGGUUUUCUAUACGUAUACUGAAAAUGUUAUCCUUGACACGCUCAUUUCCUUGUGAUUAGCAAACUGUUUUCUGGUUAUAAUGGGCAGUUGCUUAUGCAUGUUAUAUUGGUUGGAUGGGAGUUUUAUGCUGCACCAGGGAGGGGAUGUUUGCACGUUUGUACCAGUGCAUUGGAAGCAAAAAAACUAUAUGAUUUGUUGAAAAUGAGAUAUUGUAAAAACUAAAUAAUAAUCUAAGUAUUUUUAAUAAGUAUUUUUAUUAGCCUGUUUCAAAGCUAUGAACUUAGUGGCCUAUGUUGGUUUACAAAAAGGUUGUAAAUUAUUUGCCAAUGCCAUUUAUUUUAUAGGCCUUUUACACCAAAUGCCUAUUUUAACAAUGAAUGUUACGCUGGAACACUUGAAUACCACUGUCUACUCCCUGAAGCAGCAGGACUCAGUUUUAAUUGUUAUUUUGCAAUCAGUAUUAUUGGUCUAUAAAACAGAAUUUGAGUCUCCACUUGUGAAUCAGCGAUAUUAAAGAGUUCAGGGAAUUCCACAGGAACAGCUUUAUAACUUUUCCUAAUAAUGAUUAAUGAAAUUGUUCACAAGUUGAGAUUGCUUCCUUUAGGUCUGUACCUCAACAAGUUCUUCACAAUUCUUUGAUCCUUUUUACUGUACACAGACAGAGAAUGGUUUCUUGAGAUACUUUGUUCAUUCCCAUUUCUUUCACAGUUGUUUGAUCGGUUCAAAAUUCUUUAUACUUAAUUUAUCACAGCCAUAUAUUAAUAUUUAAUCAUGUAGAGCCCCUUUUUCUAUUUCAUCAACACAAUCAGUACAAAAUUCUGCUCUUUUAUUCCAUAGAUCUAAAAGCAAAAAUGUCAAUUUUAUUCAUUCAUGUAAAGUGAGAUCAAUUAUAAUAGAAUGAGUUAACUAAUAGUACGUAUUAUAAUUUAAAGGCUGAACUUAUCACAUUCAUGGAUUUUUAAAGAUGCUCCCAUACAGCUUAUAAUUAUUCUUCAUUAAAAAUAAAAUUUAUCAUAGUUAAAAUCAUUCAUGAAGACCAUCUUCUUAAAGAAACUUCACAAUCUCUUUGACUACAGUAACUAGUAACCUUGAGAGUCGCUGCACCUGUAGAAAACAUAAAGUUCUCAGGUUCCCAAAACUGGGACACCUGUUUUUUAUUAUUAUUAUUAUUAUUAUUGUUAUUAUUAUUGUUAUUAUUAUUAUUAGUAUUAUUAUUUUUAAGUUUAUAAGUUUAACAAGUUUAUUGAACCCCCUUUUAGAGACUCAUAUAUCAUGCCCAAAUGAAUUGUUCCAAAAUAAGAGAUGAAAAAUUGGGAUAGUUAAAGUUACAGAAGUUGAAAACUAUAUGAGAAAUGGGAAGAAAAAAAGAACAUAAGAAUAGCUGUAGAUUAAAUGUAAUACAACUAGGAGCUGAAAGGAUGCUGCAAAGAAUCUUGUGUGCAAUGAUUCUGUUGUGUAAGAAACACUGUAAUAGGCCAGAAGGACCAAGACGUCAUUGAAAAAUGCAAGGGUUCCCACCAAUGACAAACCCAGGCCAGACAUUACCGAUUGUUAAAUGAAGAACAAGAGAAUGAAACAAAAUUAUUGGGGUUACAUUUUUUUACAUAAUGAAGUACCUUCCCUGAAUUAUGAGUGUUCAUUAUACCCAUGACAAGGCAAAAACAUUUGGCUUAAUGUGAGUUGUCAGGUGAAACAGGUUCUAACUUUUGUUAAUGACUGGCCACCUUUCUUGUUCAUCAUAUAUUAAUAAUAAAAUAAUAAUAAUAUGCAGACUGCAGAGUUCACUGUACAUAUUUUUCCUCAGGGUAAACUAGUGAGAUUCAAGGUAUUGUAUGCAGUAAAAACAAUUUUUAAUGCUCUUAUGGCUAGUGGUAAUACCUUCAUAACAAAUUUCCAAGAUUUAUUCUAACACAACAGUACUUUAACCGUAAACCAACUAAUUCUCACGAAAGUAGAAAACUUUUUGUUUAAUACAAUCCUGAAGUUGAUUUACAAGACAUCUAGGAAUUUCCUAUAACAUUCUCCUAAUUUCUCUAACACCUGUUUGGGUAACUUACAAAGCAUUCACUUCUGCAUAAUUUUUAAACUAAAACUAUGUUGAAAUACACUUGAUUCUUUAAGGGCUAAAGUAUGGUCAUUGGUAACAGGAGUAUCUUAUUAGUUAUUAUAACUAGUUUAAGCAGACUACAGAGCUAAAAUGCUUUACUCUCACAGGGCUGGCCAAAUGGAAAUACGUACAGUAUAAGCAGCAAUCACAGUACUUUGCCAACUGUAAAAAUGAUGCUUCUCUAAGUAAAAAUAUAAAUGAAUCAUUUAAAUAAUGUUUCAAGGGUUACAAACUUUUUUCAACAGUUUCUUUGGAAUUUUUUAUAAUAAUGUACUGUGCGUCAUACUACAUUAACCUAAGUGAUAAAAAUCAAAUUUGUAUACAUAGCAGUACAUGUCUCAUGUGAUAAAGAAUUUACUUUCCAUUGGUCUUCAAAAAAUCUGAGAAGAGCUAAGUAUAUUUUGUGCUAAUUCAUGUUAGUUAUAAUAAUUAAAUGAUCCACAUUGGGGUUUUCCUGUAGCUACUCAUUGGAUUAAAAGGUGGUUCUAAAGGUGUACUGCAAGGAACUCAAGAAGUAAGAAUUCUUAACGUGUACUGCAGAGGGAGUGUUUUAAAUGUUACGCUAUACAAGUUAUCCUGAUGGGAUAAGCCAUGCACAUGGGAUGACGUUUAACACCACAUUUGGGUAAAACGAAAAUAUCAAAUAAAAGAAAUGAAUUUGCUAAAUCAAAGGAACAAAAUAUAAUCUUUUAAUGAAACUAAUAUUGUCAAUUCAAUUAACAUUUGCCUAUUUUAUUUUGUUGUUCUACACAGGAUGAUAGCUUCAAGCAACUGAAGAUGACCAAAUUAUGUAAAAAGGUAUUUCAACAAUAGGAAUCGGAUGCGAUGCAAACAUCAAAAGGUGAUGUUGGUUUUUCAAGAGCAUUCUCAUGGCUUUUUGCAUUGAAAGUCACCAUUGAUAAAAAGAAUUGCAAAGGACAGUGUAACACUGUAAAAAAAGAUGAUACUAGUUAAGCAACAGUUAAAGGAUCUUUAUAAAGAUUGAGGCAGAUUAAACUAUCAUUUAUCAGUCACAGGGACACAAGCUGUACUAACGUAUGGGAUGCUGGAUGAUACAACACUAGCAAGCAUGUACUAUUAGCAUCCAUAUCUCAUCACAUGGGGAGAUUGUCAGAUUUUAGAGGGAACAGAUUUUUUAAAAAGUGGAACUGAUGAAGGAUUACAACACUGAUUAAUUAUAUAUUUUUUUAAAUUUGACGAUCUGCCCUAGGAUGAGAUAUGGAUGCUAACAGUACAUGCUUGCCAGUGUUGUAUCAUCUACCAUCCAUACGUUAGUACAGCUUGUGUCCCUGUGACUGAUAAAUGAUAGUUUAAUCUGCCUCAAUCUUUAUAAAGAUCCUAAUGCUCUUGAAAAACCAGCAUCACCUUUUGAUAUUUGCAUCACAUCUGAUUCCUAUUGUUGAAAUGCCUUUUUUACUUUAUCUGAUCAUCUUCGGUUGCAUAAAACAGUCAUCUUUUUCAAAAAAGAUCAGAUGUAGUAGUUACUCAAUUUUGUACUAUAAUCUACUAUUCCAUCUACCGCACGAUUAGCAGUCCCUACAUCGUCUAAACUUUCUUGGCAUAAUGGUAAGCGUAACUAACGAUUCUUUGCAGCCUCCCAUCAGCCAAGCUGCAUUGUAUAUUUUUUUCCUGUCUUUUCCAAUUUAUCUGUCUCCUUUGGUCUCUUCCAACUUACUAGCUAACUAACUUCAAUUCCUUACUCCAUUCACCUUCAUUCAAAAUAAACCUUAUGGGCCGGCCCUACGAGAGUCAAGAAGUGUGAUUCAGUGGUUUAGUUUAACUAAGACUUAAUUAAUAAUAUCCACAAAUUACUGUAUAUACUGCUGACGUGAUCAAGAAAUUAAACCUUUAACCCCAACAAACAUCAAUUUUGUACAAAAUGGUCUGAUACGUAUGUGUAUGACCAUUAACACAAUAAUGUCUGAAUCAUAUGUCUUUCUGUUUCUCCAAAGACUUUAAUAUAUUUUCAACUACCACGUAAGUACCCAUAAAAACCCCUUUACAUACUCUUUAUGUACCAUUUUUUUUUUACUUACAAUGACAGUCCAAUUUAAUGAAGCAAUUUAGAUACGUAUUACAAAUAUCACGUAAGUGGAGACAAAUUCUGCAGAAAUACGUAGAUAAGCCUAGCCAUUAUCACCAUGAACAGUUUAUGUAACAUUUGCAAUUACCAGCUCCCAAGUAUGUACUAAACAAUGCAUGUGUGAAAUUCUUUAUUCUUAAUGUUAAUCGGCCGAAUAUGUUGCGGUGAAAUAAGCUGUACCUUAACAUGGAAAGCAACGAUGCAAAAUUCAUACAAACAUUGAGCCAUAUCAAUAUUAUCCAUAUGAAAUUAUGUCUAGUCAUGUUGGUGUAAUUUUGACUUUGUUUCCAGUGCAGUAAGAGGUGCUUUGGACAAAGUUUUAUUUACAGCCGAGUCUGCUUUGUGUGUAUCUGCUUUGCUCAUAUUUUAUACUUUAAAAUAACUGUGAUUAGAAAUAUUUCUUUUUGUAGUAUUGCAACCGUAGAACCUCUAUAAAAAUAUUAUGCCUCGUCCCAGCAUUCUGUAAAACAGGAAAAGGCUACAAAAUGCUUGCAGGUGUUUAAAUGAAAAAGGUAGCUGUGCUUAGAAUGUUAUGCUGUGUUUGAAAUGCAAUUUUGAUGGUAAUACUAUACGUACAUGUAAAAGUAAUGAAAAUUUCUGAAGUCUUCAUACGAAUCUAUGUUUGUUCUUGGUGCAAAUCUAGGUUUGUAAUGUAGGGUUCAUUGAUGCAAAGAUCAACAUUUUCUAGUACAUAUUGCAAUAAGACAAUUGUGCAGUUAAGACUUACACGUUUAGUAGCAUAUCUUGUGAUAAGGUCCAUGAGUGAACUGAUUUUGUAAAGGUUGUAAACAAGAAAGGUGAGAUUAUGAGGUACUAAGAAACUCUGUACAGUACUAAACAUUGUACUUUCUUAAGACCACACCUUCUCGUCUUAACUGCACAAGUACAAACUAAACAUAAAUAACGUCAAAGUUGCACAGACGGACCAAACUAAAAUUCCAAUGCUCAUGAGAAUUGCUUUUGUACAAUUUGUGUAAAAUAUACAUUAUUUUCUAUUUGAUAAAA